AUGGGUUUCAAAAAUUCAUGGUUUUAUUAUUUGUCCUAUGCUACAUUUUUAUGCACUUAUAUCGCAUUGGUUUGUUGUCCCAGUGUAAGACGACGAUAUCCUGGAAAUGUGAUCGCUUUAUCUGUUUUUACACUGGCAUUUUCUUAUAUGACGGGUACAAUUACAUCAUUUUAUGAUACUCAAUCUGUUCUAGUUGCUGUUGUUAUAACAGCUUGUCUAUGUAUAGCAAUUUCUGUUUUUGCUAUACAAACACGAAUUGAUAUUACAAAGUGUACUUCUUUAAUAUUUGUAUUAAGUAUUGUGGUAAUGUUAACUGGACUUGCUUGUGUCAUUGUUUUUGCUGUAUCCGGACCGAAUCGGGUAAGUUUUAAUAUUUUGGAUCAUUGA